AUGGCAGAAGAAGCAAGGGAUACUGUUUCUCACACGUUGAGCGAGAUGUUCUCAUCCAAGCCGAAUGAUCAUGAGGUGAAGAAGACCCAACCAAGACCUCAUGACACAAGCUUGAUCAAAGCUAGCAUUUCAUGCAGGCAAAUGGAUGUUGACGCUUGUGAGCGGAUCUCGAACGAGGCCCGGAAGGAAAGUUCCCAUUUGGGUCAAAUCUGGCUGAGCCUGGCCAAAGAGAGGGCAAAAGAAGUAGAGAAGCGGCUGGAGGAGAAAGAACAGCGGCGACGCAGUGCAACAAAGAAGGAGAAGGAUCUUGCGAGCAUGUAUUUGCACCAGGCGUCACUGGCACAGUCGCAAGCAGAUUUGGAAGGAGAAGAGGCAGACGAUGAGAUGAAAGAUGCCCAGAAAGAGACAGCUCUUGGAAGGGAAUGCAUCGGCGGAUCUGCUCUAGACGACCGGAAUGUUGUUGGAUGGUAUGCGGACAUGUUUGAAAACAAGAGAUCCUAA